AUGAACAAAUUUAUUUUUUAGAUGAAAAGCUAUUACGUUCAAGAAUUUUUGAAUGUAAAAGAAACUUGGAGGAAAUCUUUUAAAAUAGCUGUUGUGAUUUUGUUGAUUGAAAAUAUUCAAAUGCUGUCAAUUUAUACUUAGAAACUAAAUGAGUUUGAAUAUGAUUAGUUUUUAAACCAUAUCAGAAAUUUUAUAGAUUACUUUAGGUCAAGUAAUAUUAUAUAUAUUAGAUUUUACAUGAUAUUAGGAAAUUCGAUCAACCUUAGAAUUAUAUUUGUUAUUUUUGGAUUUCUAUUGUAAAGCAUACUCAUUUUACUACUGCUGUGCUAGAUUUUCAAAUUGAAGGUGCUUAGGAUGAAAAACCAAGGCCUGUAAUUUUUGGCAAUUGAACAAGUAAAACUAAAAUAACUAAAUAAGAAUCUCGAAACAAUAGCUGAGUAGAAUCAUCUAAUAAAUAUUAUAUUGUCCUUCUUUUUCUAGAUUCAUCAUGGAUUAUUGUAAAUCCCAUUACUCUUUUGUGGAUUCAGUUUAGUUACUGAAUUAUUCAAUUUUUAAAAUUACUCUUAUUUCGAAUUGGCUGGGUUCAUCUUUGCCAUAAUAACUAUCGGUGAAUAAAUAACAAUAGGAUUAUUAAUAAAUUUGCAUUAGUUUGAUCAUCGAAUGAAGAACUACGACUAUUUGGGCAAAUUUUAGUCAUAAAAACUGCAUCUACUUUAUGCAUUCUAAUUAAUAGUCAUAUUUUUGUCUGGUAUUCAAGCAUCAGUCUUACUUGUUUAAUUGUUUGGAAUAAUCAAAUCAGUAAUUUAAAUCCUUUGCGAUUAUCAUUAAUAAAUAUUUAUAGAUUAUCGGAUAUCAAGAUUGAAUCUGAGAAUUGUUGUUUUUACAAUAAUCUAUUAAUUGCUCUUGAUAAUAUGCCAAUAUGGUUAACCAGCCUUAAAAAUUAGCAUAGUGCUAUUGAUAUUGGUAUGUUAUCCCCCUUUGAUAUUUCUGACAAAUUAAAUUUUAAUUAGAUAAGAUUUGAAAAAUACUAACUAUUAGCCAAGAGAUUUGGAAAAGUACAUUAGAAGAUUGCAUAUAAUCUUCAAAUAAUAAGUGGAACUGAAAAAACAAUAAAGACUGCUUGAUCCAAAAUAAUCACUAGAAAUUUACACAUUCAUCUCAAAACAUUUGAGAGAAUGUAAAAUGUAAAGAGAAAGAAAGAUGUUGAAGAAUAUCAAGCUUAAAUAUAAGUGUUUUUGUCAAGACUUUUUUCUUGGAAUUGAUUCCUUUUAAAGUUUGGAGUCUAUGAAACAAUUUGCAAAAGGAUUGAUUGGAUAAACACUUGAAGAUGAGAUCAUUGAAAAAUCAAAUACUAACCUAUUGUUAAUUUACAUAUACUUUUUAGUUUAAAUAAAAAAAGUGCCAACCUAAGCAAUCUAUGAAGUUAUUAGAUUCUCUAUGGUUGAAAAAGAAUAACCUCUAAAGUAAUAAGCAAUUGUACAUAAAUUGAAACAGGAUGCUUUAUAAAAGUUUAGCGAAUUAGUAAAAAAAAAUGAUUUAGUGAAUCAAAAGUUUGUGUUUAAGAAAGUCUAUCAAUAUGAAGAAUCACUCAAUGUUUUGAAAUAAAAUUUAUGUUUAGUUGUUAAAGAAGAAAAGAAGGAAUUUUAUGGUUGUAUUCUUACUUAGAUUAUUGACAUUGAUUUGCUUUUAGAUAUUGGAUUUAAGUUAAUUAAAAAUAUUAAAAUCCUUGAGAAGUAGUUUUAAUUACUAUUUAAAACAAAUCCUUAAAAUAAUGAGUGUGAUACCAUUUUUAACAUAUUCCACAAAUAUGUCCACUAUAAUAAAUUCAGGCCAAAAUUGUAUAGAAGAGAAGGUCAAAUAAUGAUGCAAUUUUUAUAAUCAGCAGAGAAGAUAAUUUAUGAUCCAGGUAGCUGUGUGAUAUAAAUAACCUUAUUGUAACCAAGAGGAAAUGUUAUCAGAUACACAAGGUCAUUUUAGAAGGCUAUUGGGUUUAAGGAUGAGGAGAUUUAAAAUCAGAACAUAAACAGAUUUAUGCCUCAAAUAAUAGCAAAUGAUCAUGAUUUGUAUCUGGAUAAUUUUGUUGAGAGAGGCAGAAUAAAUGUAGUUAAAACUGCUGUGAGAGUGAUCUUGGGAAAGACCAAGUCUUAAUUUGUAGUUCCAAUCAAUACUAGAUUAAGAAUAGAGGCAAGUCCAACCGAAUUUGGAGCUACUGCUUUAAUAACCCCAGUAAAUUUGACCUAUGGUUAUAUGAUGUUAAAUGAAUAAGGUUAGAUUGAAGAAUUGACUUAGAAUUUAUUUGAGAGUGUUUUUGAGAAACAUUUAGGAUUAGAACUUAGUUAACUCAAAGGAUUAGAUUGUUUGGUUUUCAUUCCUGAAUUAGCAAAGAUUUGGAAUAGUCUAUUCGAUGAACAUUUUGAUAGACUAGACAAAAGAUUUGAUUGCUAAUUAAUUCUUCCAUUGAUCACUAAAUAAAUGAGUAGGAGUCUCGUUCGAUCAAGAUCUAAUAUAUUUUCUAGAACAACUAGUCAAUCAAAAAUUGCUAAAUCAUUUGAAAGUCUACCUCAUGAAAAUGUGGUUUAUUAGAUUUCUGUCCAUUUAAUGAGUCUAAUAACUAUAAAUCUUAGAUUAGUUAUUGUUGAAAUCCCUGAAUUUAAAUAAUUAAUGAAUCAAAAGAUAACCAGUAGACAACUAGUUCAAUUAAGAAAUAGAUCAUCAUAAUUAAUUAACAUUUCUACACAGAAUGAAAUUCCAACUCAAAAAACAACAGAUCUUUUACUCUCUUCAUUGAAUUCUCCUCCUGGAUGUGGUCCUCUAAAUGAAUGCGAUUUGGAAUAUGAGAAUUUGAUAGAAGAUAUUAAGAUGAUUGAAGAACUAAGGAACUAAUUAGCAACCAUUAAUAUUAAUAGCACAGCUCAAAACAAUCAAAAAGAUCCCUUUUUAUUACAAAAUAGUGAAAAUUAACUUUAAGGAAGAAUAAUAGAUUUUCAAAAUGAUCCUUCAGAAAAGAGUAAUGAUUUUAGCGAAGCAGAAUCUGAUAUCAAAGAUAAUGCAUAAGAGUAGCAAAAUGUGCAAUAUAAUAAUGGUUCAGUAGGGAGUCGAUCAUCCUAAAAUAACACUACUGCACUUAAAAGGUAAAUUAAAGAUUGUCUAUCUGAUUCUAAGGGAUUGACUGUAAGAACGAAACUAUUUCUGCUAUUCGUUUAUGUAUUAAUAUUGUCAGGAUUUUUGAUUAAUUUCCUGAUAUUGUAUUUUAAUUUUGAGAAAAUACACUAAAAUUAAAACUAUGAAAAUUUACCCUUCCAAUUCUCUUACUAUUACAAUGAAUUCAUUAUUGAUUAAUCUUAUUUAGAUGAGGUUCAAUUUAGUUUUAAUCAAUUAAGUAGAAUAGCCUUCUAAUAUUUCCUAAUUAACAUUAAAAAUAUUGACAAAACUAUAGUUUUGUUACCUCAUAUUAAUAUUGUCAGUAACCUAACUAUGGAAAGUAGAACAUUGAAUAUUGUGUCUCAGCUUACAAAAGUGUUGAAUAUGAAUGAUUAAAUCAAUUAUUCUGAAUUCUAUAACAAUACUGAUGCUUUCAAUAUUUAGAUUAAUGAAAUUUAGAACACUGAUUCAACCAAAAACCUACUCAGUUUAUCAGUCUUGUAAUUUUUAUAGUUUUAAAUCUUAGUGUAAUUGUCGAAUAGAUAAUCUUAUUGA